UGACGUAAUUUUUGGCAUUUUCAAUCAUGGCGGCCGAAGGCUCGGAUUUAGAAGACCUGAGCAGCAACGGGCUAAUGGAGGAUCCUUCAGGUUGUAAAAGUAUUAAAUAAUACAAAUAUAUUGACGAACUUAUUCAGGAGUAACGCAGAGAUCAUAUGCAUAGUCGUUUGUAACUUCACAUGUCAGCUAGCAGUCGCAACGACGCAUGUGAAACGAUGGCUAGCUUUCUAACUAGCCGACAUGGCUAACAUUAAUUUAUGUUGCGCAAACUGGCGAAACAAAAAUAGGCUUUCCCCUAGUUAGUACCAGAGUAAAUGAACUAGCUAGUACUUACCAGGCUGGUUAUUUUGUUAUAGUAUAUUAAUCUAAUCUAACUACUGUAGAUGCAGACAUAAAUCGCAGUUGCCCUGCUGAAUUUCAGCAGUUUAUGCCAUUUGUUGACAUUGCCGACGUCAUGAUCUGUGUGUAGUAUCUAUAAAUCCUAAUGAAUGAAUGAAUGGCUACAAAUACCAUCAGUGACUGGAAUUCCCCAUAUAAUGGCAUUAAUCUACAUUUCAUCCGUAAAUGACAUCUGCUUAUGCGUUAUCGAGCAGGCCUGCCAUUUCUUUGUGUUAUAGAUAAAACCAUUUUCUUCCCUGUGUAACUUUCUCAAUUUCUCAUUUGAUAGCUCCGGAAGCCAUGGAGGCUGUCCAACCUCCAACGGAGAUGGAAGAGGCAUCAGAGGAGAAUGGUGGAGAAGAGGCUUCAGAAGCAGCAGCUGCGACAGCAUACAACAUGCCUCUGGUGGAGAAUGAGGAGGAAGAGGACGGAGAGUUGCCGGUGGACUUUGACCGACUCUGGAAACUGGCCCAUGACAAUCCACAGGACUUCUCUAGCUGGACUGACCUGCUGCAGUACAGUGAGCAAGAGGUGAGGGGACAGACAAGAUUCCUAUUGGCAUUUUGACAUACAACCAAAGCUCUUCUGCGUGAAUAAUACAUUCAUAGCUAACCAUAUUACUGUUGUUAAGGAAUGCAGUGUUGAAGUGGAAACCAACACUUCACAUCAAUAAUGAUUUAAACUAAACUGACAACUAAACUCAUUGUUCCUUAGUGAAUUUGCAGCUAACCCAGAGUUCUAAUGGUCCCCAGAGUCACAUGACAGCAUCACGUCGAGCGCUGGUUGCCUUUCUGGCGCGUUACCCCCUGUGCUACGGAUAUUGGAAGAAGUUUGCCGACUUGGAGCGACGUGCAGGCUACACCAACAAAGCUCAGGAGGUAUGAUGAAGAAGAGUGACAUGGAUGUGUGUCUUCUAGUGCUGAGCGAUUAGUGCUUUUUUUUAGGUCGUUUUGGUUUGAUUAUAUAUAUACCAAAAAUCACUGUUUUCGAUUUCUGUUUAGAUUAUUAUUGUUUUUUACAUUAAAUGCAUUAUGAAAUACCUAUUUAAUGGAAAUUCCAAAGCCAAAAAUAGUGAACAUUCAAUUGCCAAAACAUUUAAAAUAUUCCAUUGUCUCUGUCAGGUCCACAUAGAAAAAUAGGAAAUUACUAUGAAAUAAUAAAAUAUUUCAUUUAAAAUUACUUACUUUUAUUUGAUGACUUUAUAAUUGUUAAUUCCUUAGUCAUCAACUGAUCUCUGCUCAGGCAGUAGCAGACAGGCAGACAACCAUCUAAUGUUAUCUCUGCUCCCCAUACUGUACUGUCUUUAGUCAUCCUAUUUAGCCAGGCUAGUCUGCCUAAGCAUGCUGCAGAGCUGUCUGACAAUUAUUUUACUAGUUUUUCAAAGUAGAUCAGGUAUUCUUUCAUGAACUGUCUCUAUCCCUCGCUCUACUAAAUGGAAUUACAGUAAUUGAACCGAUGUCGGUCAAUUAGUUGUUUAAUAACCAGCAUCUGCUAUGUUUAAUAGCCAUUGACUAAACAAAGAGCACACACUGCAGUGCUACAUUUUUUGAAAGUCUUUGGCACUAGGAAAUGAUCUAAGUGAUGUGAUUCCUUCAUAAUGUUUUUGUGUUGUUCCAGGUAUGUGUUCAGGGUCUGAAGGCCAUCCCUCUGAGCGUAGAUUUGUGGAUCCACUACAUUAACCUGCUACUGGGCACGCUCAACAUGAACCUGCCAGAGUCCUCUCAGCGCAUUCGCAGGUACACACUCAUACACUCUUAAAGUCAGUGUCACACUUAUACACAUUUGUUUACUUCUUUUGCCAUCUUUACAUUCAACACUAGCCAGAACACUCCACAUUUUUUAAUUCAGUACUUAUUCUCAUUCAAAAGCUUAAUGUUUAAACAACUAUUUUUAUAUAAAUCCGAUUGACUGAUCCUUGUCCCUUGUCUAUUCUCCCCAGUGCAUUUGAGGAGGCGGUGGUGGCAGCAGGACUGGACUUCCACUCUGACCGUCUGUGGGAGCUGUACAUCGAGUGGGAGAAGGAGCAGGGAGACAUGAAGGCUGCCACUGGAGUCUACGACAGAGUCCUCAGAAUCCCCACUCAGCUGUACAGCAGCCACUAUGAGAAGUGAGACUAUACACAUUCAGAAACAGUAGCGCUUCAAAUCAGUCAAAACUAUGACAUUUUAACAUUGGAUUAAAUUCUAGAUUUUGAUAAUUGGAUGAUUAUCAAGCUCACUUCUUAAUCGGGACCUCAUAUUUGCUGACCUGGUGAAUCUUAUCCACUCUCUCCAUCCCUCCUCUCUCUCUCUCUCUUACAGAUUCAAGACUCAUCUUAAUGCCCAUGCGCCCAAGGACGUCCUCUCAGCAGAGGAGUAUGAGGGGUUGCUUGAGGAAUCUAAACAGAGCCACAAGACUGAGAAGUCUGAGCUGGCUGAGGGGGAAGAUGAGUUACCACCUGGGGAAGAGAAGGAACCUACAGAGGUGGUUUAAAAAUGACAAAUCCCUGCUAGUGUUGGAUAAAUAUUUAAAAUGAGUGUCAGAUGCUGCCAAAAUAGCAGAUAGUGGAGACAUUUUAAGCUGUGGAGUGAGGUUACAGUAUACGAUCUAACUCUGUUAAACUGAUUUAAAAGUCUGUCAUCAAAACUGUCAUGUUACGGUUCACCCAAUCAGGAAGAGCUGAUUCCGAAGAUGCGAGAACUCCUAUUGGCUCGCAGGGAGAAGGUGUACCAGGACCUGGAGGGAGAGGUCAGGAAGAGGUGGAACUUUGAGGAAGCUGUGAGUUACCUCUGACAGACACACACACACUCAUCCCUUCUAUGUGCAACUCAGAAGCUAUGAUUGAAGUGUGACACUUUCAUUGGUUGGAAACAUUGACUUAUCUUCCCUUCUGUUCCCAUUCCUCCCUUCAUUCCAGAUCAAGCGUCCGUAUUUCCACGUGAAGCCUCUGGACCGGACCCAGCUGAGGGCCUGGCACUCCUACCUGGACUGGGAGCUCACCCAGCUGGGAGGGGGGGAUGAAAAGGAGGUGAAGACCGAGACAGAACCAGAGGCCAUGGAGGGCCAGGAAGAGGAGGAAAAGGAGGAGGGGUCAAAGAGCAGUGGGAUUGUUGCCGGGGGAGACCGGAGGGUACGAAUCCUGUUUGAGCGCUGUCUGAUCGCCUGCGCUCUCUACGAGGAGUUCUGGACCAAGGUAAAGACGGACUGCAGGGGUGUGUGUGUCAGUAACGUGUUUGUAUGUCAGUGUAACUAAUGUAUACUGUAUGUAUGUUUCUCAGUAUGUUCAGUACCUGGAACCUCAGAGUCUGGACGAGGCGCGGGGAGUGUUCCGGCGAGCCUGUGAGAUCCACCUGGCCCACAAACACACCAUGCACCUGCAGUGGGCCACCUUCGAGGAGAGGCAUGGUGAGAGAGGAAGACACACGUCAGAUGAAAAACACAGGACACCAUUACCCAGUGUUGUAGCCCACUCACGCCCUCCUCCCCUCCGUCUCCUCCCAGGUGAUCUAACAGAGGCACGGCGUGUUCUAGAAUCUCUGGAAACCUCUAUCCCAGGAUUGACCAUGGUCCGGCUGCGCAGGGCGGGGCUAGAGAGACGGGCAGGCCAGCUAGAUGAAUCAGAAGCUCUGCUCAGGGACGCUGUGGCCCAGGCCAAAGAGACUCCCCACCUCCAUGCGUUCUACUCCAUCAAACUGGCCCGGCUGCUGUUGAAGCUCUGCAAGAACCCCAGCAAGGCCAGGGGAGUCCUGCAGGAGGCGCUGGAGAUUAGCCCGGUGAGAGAAGGGGGGAUUGAGGGAGAUACCUGAUCGAGGGAAUAACAAAGCUAGAAGCUUUUAGUACAGAGGGGAAGAAGAUCACUUGCUCUAACUUUUACAUGAAACCUCAGAGAAAAUAUCACUUAUGGUUUGAUGCCAGAUCUCCCUUUCUUUCUUGAUGAAGAUCUCUUGACCAAGCAGUAGGUUAUAACUCUCUGUCCCUCUCUUUCCUCUGUUUCUCUCCACCUAUCCUCUCUCCCUUUCCCAGGAUAACGGGAAGCUGCACCUGAACCUGCUGGAGCUGGAGGUGUCUGGUGACCCCAGAGGGUCGGCCGAGGGGGUGCAGCAGUGUGUGACUCGGGCACUGGCCGCACCCCUCUCCCCACGGACCAAGAUCCUCUUUUCCCAGAGGGGCCUGCAGUACGCUGAGGACUAUGGGACCUCUGUGCAAAGGUCAGGGGUCACAGGAUUGUUUGUUGUUUUUAGAUACAAUCAGGAACCCAGAGAAAAAGAAACAUCUCAAGGCAUUUAAUUUAAUGAAACCGGUAGGAAUUCAAUUUAUAAUGUUUUAAAUGUUACUGCUGCUGUCCUCUGGCCUGCAGUGUGCUAACAGUCUAUGAGGAGCAUCACUUGACUAUGUUUUAAAUUGCUGUACUGUUGCUGUACUCUGGCCUGCAGUGUGCUAACAGUCUAUGAGGAGCAUCAGAAGCUGCUGAAAGAGCUUGGCAACAAGAAGAGAGGGGCUGAGAAUGGGUGAGAUUUAUAGCAUAUCUGUCAAUAUCAUGCAAGGGUUUAUUACCGAUAAAAUAGUGUGAUGUAGUGACUCAACAUAUUGAGAUGUGACAGUCGACUAUGGAGAAGCAAAUGGAUAAACUGUUCAUGGCUUGGUUAUUGACGUAGUUGUUGUAUUGAUUGAUCUGCAGAGACAGUGAGGACCCAGAGAAGAUGAGUAAAGGAGAAGACUGCUCCGCUGUUCCCGCUCCACCACAGGCCCCUCCCUCAAUGCCCCAUGUUCCCAUGACGACACCACCUCCACCCAUGAUGGGUGGGGACAUGACUGCGGCUCAUGCAGGCUACGGAGGAUAUGGAAGCUGGUAUCAGGUAUGAGAGAUUGUUACACUGUACAAACUAUGAUACAUGAAUAUAGGUUACAUACACUCUUACAUGGUCAAUGUCUUUAGAAAUUGAGCCAGAUAUUAGAGACUAAAGCCUGGAUCUCGAAAUCUGGACCUCGAAAACAGUUCCACUGUGUUUCUUACAUUCUUCCCCUCUAAUCAGGGACUGAUUUAGACCUGAGACACCAGGUGGGUGCAAUUAAUUAUCAGGUAGAACAGAAACCCUACGAGGUCCAAACUACUUCUGGUUAAGAUUUGAAUACCCCUGCACUAAAGUGUUGAUUAGAGAUGGGGUGUUCCUUCAUUUUUUAAAUGAUGUUCCUCUCCUCUUUCAGCAACAACAGUAUGGGGGAUACGGAGGCUACCAGCAACCCUGGAACUACAAUCAGGGUUACUACCCUCCCAGCUAAGGGGGAAGAUAAAUGAUGUGACACCAACAGACAGCAGAGGUUACCAAGGAUGAUUCAGCAUUGAGGACCCAGUGUUCAGUGAACUCACCACCACCUCAGUUUAAACUCCAUGGA